UCAGUCAACACCCAAACUGCCCGGGCGAAGCGAAGUUCGGCUUACCCGCAGCAAGAAGGCAGCACUAAGCAGAGCACAGAUCACCCGACAAUCGAUAGCCAAUCAAUGAAUCUCUAGUUCAAAUUCACUGACACUUGCGCAUUUCGCUAUUCUCUGACGUCAUUCGCUAUGAAUUUUCUGAUUGGCUCUUAGCUAUGGGACAUGCUUAGUCUUCCUCACGGGGAAGAAGAUUCGUUUUCUAACGGUUUCCGCCAUUAUUCUUCUUUCGGCUACCUCAAGAUCACCUCGUGUUCUUCUCUCAGCUAAUUUUUCUAAUUGCUUGGCUUCUGUUAACCAAAAUUACUGUGUGUAAAUUCGCUUUAAAUCAAUUAUUUAAUUAAUUGUGUUUUGGGUGCAUUCGCUGCCACGUGUUACUCUUGGCAUUGUAUUUAUUCGGGUAAUUCGCUAACUGUAUAUAGUGUACAAUAAAUAUCAUUAUAAUUUUUUUGUUUUUUGCCAAAUUCAGUGCGCGCAGUUUUUUUUAUUUUUCUCUUUUUAUUGUGACAAACUGUAUCAGACCAGAUCCCGAAUUCCUCUAUUGUUACUCGCUUUAACAUUUGGUCCUUCGAGCCGGAUCGGUGCUGGUUUGGUCACAAUAGAAUUGUGCUUGGCUUAUUCUCUGGGUUAUUUCUCACGUUAACAAUUCGUGUUCAGCAUUUGGUGUAUUCGCUGUGCAGUGCCAAUCUGGUGAAAAGCUAAGUGUCAAAGGCAUCGCUGGACACAUCGGGUGUCGCCUUUGGCGGUCAGUGUACACCGGUACAUAGAACUUUUCCGUAUCAUUUGACCGAAAACUUAGUUCCGGGUCACCAGCACUGUUAUUCGCAUCAUGUCUCUCAACAACAAGGCUGCGCUGCAGCAGGACCGGGUUGAUUCUCUGGCCAACAUUGAUCAAAGACUCACGCCUGAGGCACUUCAGGCGAUGUCUCUCGAGCAAGCCAUGGCCCAGUUGGCUUUAGUCAAUAGAACCGUCGACCGUAUUGAGGCCUUGCACGAACGCAUUUACGAGGAGCACGAAGAAGUGCUCGAACAUGAGUACCACACCGCUCAGGUCUAUCAACGUGGUGCAACGCUGUACGGGAGCCUGCAGACCCGCUUGGAGGCCAAGGUGAACUCCCUGAAGGCAGAGGCGACACCUAGGCAUGCAGAUGCUACACAAUUUUUCGCGACUGGGCCAUCCUCUACUAAAUUGCCUCACAUAAAACUACCGACAUUCGACGGGGAUUAUACGAAAUGGCGUGGGUUUAGGGACUUAUUCACCACCCUCAUAAUUGAUGCCGAGCAACUCACUGGGGCACAGCGCAUGUCCUACCUCAAGACGCAACUCAAGGACGAUGCACUGGCACUCAUCGCAAACGUGCCUCUUACAGACGAGGCAUUCCCUGCUGCUUGGGAUCUCCUCGUCGCGCGUUAUGAUAACCCUCGUCGGCUUCUCAACACCUACUUGGAGGAACUCCUCACCACAGAGCCAGUGCCUAAUCACUCGGCACCUCAGCUAAACGCACUUGUAUUACAGACACAGAAAAUUAUCGAUGCGAUGGGAACCUUACGAGUCUCCAUUGCGGACUGGGACCCUAUCCUGGUUUUCGUCACCCUCAGACGUCUGGUACCAGAACUUAGGGAGGAGUGGGAGAGUACCCUGGGCAUCUCGAAUGAGCUGCCGGCGUACCAGAAAUUACAAGACUUCCUCAUCGGGAAGGUACGCGCCUGGGAGAUCAGCGCCAUCGGAGUCACCUCACGACCAACUUCACCCAAGGAGGACAAGGCUUCAACCUCCAAGCUGCUAAAAACCUCUAGCAAGCCCCCAAACACACGGUCACCCUCACAUUCCAGCAAGACUGCAAGUACCCCCUCUGGUUCCACCGCUCAAGUAUACUAUACACCUAAAGAGGCUACAGAUGAACCAGGCAUCUGCCAACUGUGUAGGCAAAAGCACUUUAUUUUGUACUGUCAGCAAUUUAAGGUUGCCUCUGUCGCACAGCGCCGUACUAUGGUUCAAGAUCAUCGACUGUGCUGGAAUUGUUUGGGACGCCACCGCUCACAGGACUGCCGCACCACUACAAGAUGUCGCCACUGUGGCAACAAGCACCACACGGCCAUCCAUGAAGAAUCUCGGGCUAAUCCUCAACCGACUGCUGCUUCGGGCAGCUCAGGGCUCAAUUCUCUGGAAACAAUAGCCUUACUUGCUACAGCAACUUGCAGGGUAUAUUCGACAACGGGAGCUCCUCUGACAGCCAGACUUCUGAUAGAUCAAGGUUCUGAGCUGUCAUUCAUGACGAAUUCGCUACACAAGAAACUGGGACUUCCUCUGAAAUCCGCAAACGUGGGCCUACGGGCCAUCGGCAACACAUCUGCUGGCCGCACAUUGGGCUCAUGCACUGUUGAGCUACAUUCGCUAUAUGGGAAGAAUUCGCUAAAAAUAUAGGCCCACA